AUGAUUGUACUGUUUCAUGAAUUGCAAAUUCAGUCAACAGAAGAUGAUGAUACAUCCACACAAAUGGCAUCUUCGUCGGCCGAAUGCCGUUAUAGCUGUGAUGCGAUGGAAUCUACCCGCGGCAACACCUUUUUCAAAGAAUUUAUCUUCUCGCCAGCGGUUUCCAUUUACGUGGACUAUCAUGGAAAGAAUAAGAUAAACGUUGAGAGAAAUGGAGCUGUUUUUGCUGUCUUGAGUGGAAUUGGGCAGCUGAACCGUACUGAGUUCAUCCUGAAGGAGAUAGUCAAUCGGAAUGGAUUGCUCGGUGUUGGACGUUGCGUCAAUGUUGCUAUAGACGAGUGGAUGGCGGACAUCAAGUCCAAUCUGCCAAAUGUUUUAGCCAGUUGUGGUCCCAUUAGCCCGUUCGUACAAAUCGGUAAAGGUGUGGUCGACCUAUUCUGGCUUCCUGUUGUGGAAUUGCGUAAAGAAGACGGGCAUGUCGUGAAAGGAAUUCAGAAAGGUGUUGGCUCGUUCGGAUUGUCAUCGGCGGCUGGUGUUGUCGGAAUGGCUCAAACUGUUGUGGGGGUCAUACAGCUGCAAGCAGCGAGAGCAGCAGCUCCAACAGAUCUCCGCCAUGGAUUGCAGCUUGCUUAUGAUAUAGCUUCAGAUGGUUAUCGACAAGCUCGUGAUGAUUUGGAACUUGCUGCACAGGAGGACCGUGCCUCUGGACAAUCGUCAUUCCGUAGUGUGUUGAAAGUGGCACCGAAAGCCAUCAUUGGGCCGUUUGUCGCUGGCACUCAAAUCGGUUACCAAGUUCUAGGAGGUAUACGAAAUCAAUUGAGACCCGAUGUGUAUCAAGAUGAACGUCAUAAAUGGAAAAACGAUGAAGUACCAGGUGGUAGUGGACAACAUUAA